AUGACGUCAUUGCUGCGUGCCCACAACAACCAUUGUGACCAUGGCAACAGCCAUGCUCACGGAGCUGUGAGUCAAGCUGCGAUCAUAGCAACGGCUAUGAUCACCGAGGAGCGGCAUGACAACGUCAUGGGUCAAUGUAAGGAGUUAUGCCUUUCAAACUUUGUGAGCUGCCCUGCUGCCGGGCAGGUUAUUAUGGAGGUCUCAGACAAAAUUGGAGCAGCCCUAGCUGAAAAGGUGAAGUCAUUACUGCAAGAUCCUAAGAAAAGACAAAUGAUAUUCAAGUUUCUAGGACAAGGUUAUGUUCAAAAAUAUUUUAGUGACUAUCCCAAUGAGCCAAGUCUGCUGUGCUCACCAAAUAUAACUGAUGCAGAAUAUGAAAAAAUAGAAAAAAACAUUCAAGUGUGGCUGUUGGAUCAAUUUGCAGAAGCAGCAGAACAGACAGGUUGCCAGUUAUCUUCAGAUGGCAGCUUUUCUGAGCCCUCAAAUGAAAUGACACAUUUUGUUAACCAUACUUGCAACCUUGUGGAAAGAGAGAUAGAACUGCUUCUCGCCACCAAUGAAGUCAAAGAAAAGGAAAACAGUGCAAGAACAAAUCACAUGUUAGCCUGGAAAUCUUUAUUAACAAGACGCCCAAAAUCAGUUGAAAGUAAAGAUCUACAUUUCACUUUGGAUCAGAAUGCUGAAUUUCAGUUUAAAGAGAAAGGUACAGAGCUUACACCUCCAGCUUUAAACUGCACUGGAAGCGAUGUACUGUCAGAUGUUGUCUGUACUAUUAUUUCAUCUGACUAUGAGCAUAUGUCAGCAGUUUGUGACAGACUUGGUGGCAAAUUACUUCCACAGAGACUGCGACAAUUCAUAUGGAGGGACAAACUGUUAAAAUCUGAUAAAGUUUACAAAGGAGGCAACAUCAAAAUGAUUGAGAUAGAGGCAAGAAAGAAAUAUGGCAAAACAUUGGAACACAAACUUGCCGAGUUUAAACUUAGGAGUGCAACAAGAUCUCCAAUAUCAGGUCUUAUAGAAAAUGCAGUGGUGGAGGUGAGUGAAAAAAAUAAUCACAUGCAUGAUAUAAACUGUGAAGGAGUUGCUUUUCUCCAGUUCUUGUAA